AUGAUACUUCUAUCGCCAAUCUCUGGUCUACAUGUUCAAGAGAUUGUGGACGCACAAGUUUUAUCAAUUAAUGCACCACUUCGCGCUUCCGCGUAUGCUUUUGGUUAUUCAUCGGACAGAAAUAAUCGACAACUGAUGGUGUAUUGCAAUGGUACCACGGAAGCAUGCACCUAUUCAGGUUUUAACGGCGCCAGACUAUUAUGUGGUAUGGAUAACAGUGGUUAUGGAAGUUCAAUAGUUCAACAAUAUGAUGUAAACAAUGCAAUUGGUUAUCAAACAUACGUGUACGUUUUUCGAUUAUCAAAUUCUCCAAAUUACAUUCAUGGUGCUAAAUUUGACACAAAUUUUAAGAGGAUGAAGUUUAAAGCUUUGAAAACUAUACCAACGGAAAGCGGAGAAGAUAGCGAACAUUUUGGUAAAAAAGAUUUGUGA